UUCUCUUUUACUUUGCUUCUCCAAGGCGCUCUCAAUCGGCCCUGAUCUUUUUUUUCUCAGUUACAAACAAAAACGUAUCUCUGAACCUUGAGAAAAGAAAGAGACUCGCAUGAUGUCAGCCGACAGUCUAUAGAUAUAGAAACAGGCAACCAACCUCAGCAGUCAGCAGGGCUCUUCAAUCUCUAGUCGGCGGCGCCGUAGUGUGGAAACCAAACAUGGGAAUCGACGGCGGCGACGAGAAGCGCACAAGAUUCCCGUGCCUCGACAGGGUACGCUACAUGGUGACCGCCGUGGUGGUCGUGCUCACCGUCGCCGUCGCCGUGAUGGUGAUCACCGUCAUCGUCCACCGCCCCGAGGACAUCGAGCUCUCCAUCCUCCACGGCCACAUCGAGGCGUCCACUCUGUGGAGGCAGAGCGAGAUCCCAUUCUCAUCGGCCCCUCGCUAUCAGUUCCGCCGCCGCCGCCGCCACCACCACCGGCCGUGCGACGAGAUCAAGCCGGUUGACAACGACGAUGCAGCUGGCAGCUCGGACAUCAGCUGCGCCGGCGAGAGCGGCCUCCCCAGCACGAUCGUGACGUACGAGGCGGCGGCGUCCGUGGAAUUCGCCGUCACCCUGAGCGCCUACAACCCCAGCGGCCGCGCUGACAUCAACUGCACCGGCAUCACCCUCCGCGUCGUCGACAUGCCGGACCUCGCCCGGAACACCACGGGAGCCAUGGAGGUCGUUCGCUUCCCGCUGCCGCGAGGGUUCCUCGUGAGGCGGCGGAGCUCGCACGCGGUGCGGAGGUGGGUGCGGGUCACCGACGCGCGCGUGCUGGCCUACCUCGCGAGCACGUACGCCGGCCGGACUAGCUUCCCGGCGACGGUGCAGGUGAACGUGUCCGUCGCCUUGGUGACGACCGUGGUGAAGAGGACGACCAACCCCAAGAACGUGAACCACUGGUGCUCGGUGGUGACCGUCGGCCUGGACGAGCCCAGCACCACCGCCGAUGCAGUCCGUUGCUGGGCCGGAGAAGAGCCACCCUACCUUUUUGGCUCCGUGCUGUCGGCGCCGCCGCCGGCUUCUUGAACGACAGACUGCUUGUUGCCUGUUUAGUAUGGUACGGACCCGAUAGGAUCUGGCGGCGCGGCAUUAUCUUCUCUUGUUGUUUCGUGGACUUCAUCGACCUGAUCUUUUGUUGUUCUGUUCUUUGGCCAGCCGGCCCUGGUUUCAACAGCUUCAAUAUAAUUGGAGCUGUCAUGUACGUUUUACCAACAAGCGAGUGAGCGACUGAAUGCAUUUCUGAAUUUUUGUGUUUGUUA